AUGCGGUCCGCCCUCCUCCUCCUCGCCCUCGCCGCCGCCGCCGAGGGCCGCAAGGCCGACUAUCAGGGCACCGGCAAGCUUGACAAGGGCACCGGCACGCCUCGCCCUCCUGCUCCCGCUCCUCGCCCCGCCGCCGCCGCCGAGCGCGUCGAGCGCACCGCGGCCGAGGCGAAGAACGCCUACCUCGAAUUCAAGGAGAACCGGAAGCGCGACCGCGCGGAGGCGGAGGAGGACAUCAUGUACGCCUGGUGGUGCGAGGAGAAGGGCCACGCGGACACGGUCACGUGCCUGAACCACGAGAUGCGCGAACUCGCCCUGAAACUCCGGCCGGACGCCGAGAACGGCGAGUGGUCCGUCGGCGACGAGGACCGCGAGAAGCUCCGCGAGAUGCGCAAGGCGAUCCACGACAAGCGCCACGAAGCGCGCGACGCCCAGGCCGGCGACCGCCAGAUGCACCACAUCAACGAGGACUUCGAGAUGCGCGACGACUUCUGCGACCACAAGCAGUUCCGCGACUUCGCGCUCUGCACCAAGGGCGAGAGGGACAUCUCGCCGUCGCCGCUCGUCAAGGAGGUGAGCCGCGCCGACGACGAGGGCAUCGAGCUCGAGGACGGCGCCGUCGACUGGGUCUGCUGCGACGCGUGCUCGAAGUGGCGGAAGGUGUCGCGCCGCGUCUUCAGCGCGCUCGCCGAGGGCGCGUCCUGGACCUGCGCCGACAACGCGGACCCGGCGCGCAAUAACUGCGGCGCGCCCGAGGAGCUCUCGACGAUCCCGAUGCGCCCCGUGCCCUCGUACUGCGCGCUGGUCAACUUCGGUCCGCGAGCGCUCCCCCGCGUGGGGGCCCACUGCGUCAUGUGCGGCCGGGAGGGCGUCCUCAUGCCGAAGCAGAACAAGGACGUCUGCCGCGAGUGCGACAAGGCGACGUGGAAGCACGCGGCGACGGGCUGCUACUUCAAGUGGUGCAAGGGCUGCAAAAACUUCCACGCCAUCGACGCCUUCGCGGAAGCCUUCGCUGACAUGCGCAACGCCUCCAAGUGCGACAAGUGCCGAAGACGCAGCCGCAACUGCUAUAAGCGCGGCAAGGACGCGCCGCCGGAGCAGGCGACCUCCAAAACCCUCGCGUACGUUUCCACGCUCUUCCGCCGCCACGCCGCCGGCGACCCGGAGGCAACGCUCGAGAACACGCCGUCGACCAAGGCGAGCAAGCACGUCGGCGUCCAUUUCGUCGGCUCCAAGAACGCCAAGCAGCUGCGCUCCCGCUGGCAGAAGUUCUCCAAGAAGGGCUCGGCCGAGGUCGCGGCGGCCAUGGCCUACGCCGAAGCCGCGGCCGCGGUCCGCGCGAGCCUCACGCCGACCGGGAGCAAGGCGGGCGCUUCGAGCGACGCCGCGGGAUUGAAGGCGGUUGCCGACGAGGCCGUCGAGGUCCACCGCGCCUACAACCCGGCCUUCGCCGUCGACACCUACGCGCUCGCGCACGGCGCCGUCGCCGCGCGCGACGCGCCCGCGUCGCCGCCGGCCGCGCCCGCCGGCGCCGAGGCCGAGGACAUCAAGAAGAUGCGCAACGACCGCCGCGAGAAAAAAAAUUACCGCUCAAAGUCCCUCUCCCCGCCGCGCCGCGCGAUCGCGGACGACUACGCCGCGGUCUCGGCCGCGCGAGACGGGAAGCCCAUGCCCGCGCCGCGGAAGCGGCAGGCGGACCUCGCGGCGCCCCGCACGAUCGCGGACGCCGCGGACGACGACGCCGCGGUCUCGGCCGCGCGGGACGGGGAGCCCAUGCCCGCGCCGCCGCGGAAGCGGACGGCGGACCCCUCGGCGCCGCGCACGAUCGCGGACGCCGCGGACGACUACGCCGCGGUGUCGGCCGCGGCGCGGGACGGCAAGUACACGCACCCGCCGCCGCCGCCGCCGCGGAAGCGGUCCCACCACGAGGCGGGCGAGGCGCCGCCGCGCGGCGGCAAGUGGACCGAGGCCGAGGAGCGCUACGCGGCGCUCAUCGUCGCCCGCUUCUCCGACGGCACGUUCCCGGGGCUGCGCGGCGGCGAGUCGCUGCGGAACCUGCUCGCGGACCUGCUCCAGUGCACGGGCAUGCGCGUCACGAAGAAGUACAGCCGGACGCGCCUGCUGCGCAAGACGGCCUUCGUCCGCGCGGGCGAGCUCGGCGCCGACGGCGUCGAGGCGCUCGAGAGCGCGCGCGCCGCGUUCCUCGCGGACGAGCCCCAGUACUGCCCCGCGUCGCGCGCCGCCCGCGACGCGGAGGUCUCCGGCGCCGCGGCGCCGACGCCGGCGCCCGCGGACCCCGCGCCGCCGGACAACGCGGGCGCGACGGCGGGCGAGGACGAGGACGAGGCGCCGGGCGAGGACGCCGCCGAGGCGCCGGGCGAGGACUGCGCCGAGGCGCCGGGCGAGGACGCCGCGCCGGCGCCGGCCGCGGGCGCGCUGCGCCGGGGCAAGUGGACCAAGCCCGAGGAGCACUACGCGGCGCUGGUCAUCGACCACUUCGCCACGGGCAAGCUGCCGGGCCUGACCGGCGGCGAGUCGCUCCGCCUGGUGCUCUCCGACCUGCUGCGGUGCACGCGGAUGCGCGUCACGAAAAAGCUCUCGCAGACCAAAAUCCUCCGGAAAUCCUGCUUCUGGCCCCUGGGCGAGCUCACGGCCGAGGAGCACGCCGAGCUCGACGCCGCGCGGGACCAGUUCAUCGCGGCCGAGCCCCACUACCGGCGCGCCCGAGCCCCACUCGACGGCGCGCGGGAGCCGCCGGCGCCGGAGCCCGCGGCGAAACCGCCCGCGCCGGCGACGGUGUCGCCGGAGUCGCCGGACCCGAUCGCGCCGGCCGCGGCCGCGCCGGCGUGCACCGCACCGGAGUGCGGCGCGUGCGGCCCCUGCAAGGACCUGCGGAAGAACGGCGGGCCGGGCCUCAUGAAGGCCGUCUGCAUCAAGCGGCGCUGCUUAGUCCUCCGCGCGCCGGUCGAGCCGCGCGAGCCGGCCGAGCCGCGCGAGCCGAAACGCCGCGGGCGCUGCGGCGUCUGCGAGGCCUGCGCGGCGCCGGAGUGCGGCAAAUGCGGCCCCUGCUUGGACCGGCGGAAGAACGGCGGGCCAGGCAUCAUGAAGGUGGCGUGCGUCGAGCGGCGCUGCGUGGUCCUCCACGAGGACUCGGGCCGGCCGCGCGAGCCGCGGACGGAAGUGGAACUCCGGGAGGACGAUAUUCCGGUCAUCCCAUUUCGCGUGACGACGACUCCCCGCAUGAUGGUGUCUCAGAUCCCCGGGGAGACGGACGGCAAGGCCGCGCCCCAAACCGGGAGCCAGCCGAGGCCCAGAUUCGCGCCCCGCAAGAUCGCGAGCGACCUGAAAGAGCAGGCGACCUCCAAAACCCUCGCGUACGUCUCCGCGCUCUUCCGCCGCCACGCCGCCGGCGACCCGAAGGCGACGCUGAAAAAGCAAGGUUUUCAGCCCCGGCGCUCGAACAAGCAGCGCGAGGUGGCGACCAUCCGCGUGCCGCCGCCGCCGCCGCUGCCGUCGCCGCUGCCGCCGCCAAGGCGCGAGAUGCGCCUCGCCCUGCUCCUCGUCGCGUCGGCCCUCGUCGCCGGGAAGAAGACGCGCCGGGAGAAGAAGCCCAAGCGCCCCCACGCGGGGCGGCAGCACGACCCCGGCCCCAAGGACCCGCGCUUCGCGCCCGAGGAGGAGCGGUUCCGCCCGAAAAAGCCGGACGAGGCGCCGAGCCCCGAGGAGAUCAAGAAGAUGCGCGACGCGCGCCGGGACAAGGACCGCGCCAGGGACCGGGCGGGCCAUUCGAAGCACUCCGCGGAGCAGCACCGCGCGGAGGACAAGCGCAUGCACGAGAUGUGGUGCGUCGGUGACCGCGUCGACAGCAUCACGUGCGUGCAGCACGAGAUGCGCAUGCUCCACCGCUCCAUCCCCGAGACGAGCAAGCCCGAGGACCCGCCCGAGGACCGCGCGGAGAAGGCGCGGGUCCACCGCGAGCGCACCAAGGCGGAGCGCGCGCGGCUCCACGAGAAGCGGCAGGCGAUCAAGGCCGCGCAGGCGGGCGACGCGAAGGACGUCGCCCGCGACGAGGACUUCGCCAUGCGCGAGGCCUUCUGCGCGGACAACGCCGAGACGAAGCUCUGCUCCGAGCACGACAAGGAGGAGGCCCUCAUGUACGACUGGUGGUGCGAUACCAUGGGCCACGGCGACAGCUCCAUUGCCUGCAUCACGCGCGAGAUGCGCGAGAUCACGAGGCGGGCCCACCGCAACAUGACCCGCAUCACGACCAUCGACGACGACGACAUGAAGCGCCGGCCCGAGGCGGAGCAGCAGGACCGCCGCGACGCGAUGGCUCGAGCGUUCCGCGACCAGAUGCGCGAGGGCCGGCGCCGCACCCAUUUUCGAGAGACGUCGGGCGACGAGCGCCGGGCGCUCCACGACAAGCGCGACGCCGCGCGCGCGGCGCUCGCGGGAAGCCCGAGAGACCACAAGGACGACGAGCAGUUCGCCAUGCGCGACGGCUUCUGCGAGCUACCCGAGAGCAAGGCACUGUCGAUCUGCGAGGAGUGGCAGGAGCGGAAGAAGGUUAAGGCCGAGCGCGCCGCGCGCAUGGACAUGGGCCGCCGCCGCGCAUGAGCGACCCGCCACUCCCCUAGCCCUUCCCUUCGAUUCCUCCCUCCCUUCGAUUCCUCCCUACGCCACGGGCGAGGUCCACUGAGUCGCGGGGACGACAUACGCCGGCGCGGCGACGGCGAGCUGUCUCGCGUCGUUCGGUGGCUACCCGGGACGAAGCCGCGCUCUCGUGAACAAAGCAAGUUAAGCCA